AUGGCCUUGGGGAUGCAGAGCGGCGGCUCAGGUCCCGGAAGACGGCGGGUCCCGGACCUAGAGCUGGGUGGGCUUAGGGAGGGCGAAGCAGAACCGGCCCCAGCGGCGCUGCGAAGCCGCAAACGCAUCCGGAUGAGGUUGGCAAGGCGAGGAGGGCGAGGCCUGGGCGGGACCUCAGGCGGUGCAGGAAACUGGUUGGCCAGGACCUGGGCGAGAGGCGGUGCUACCGCCAAGCUCCAGCCCCCAAGAGGAAUGGGGGCGGUGCAGAAAGUGCGUCGUAGCGGGCGGGGCCCAAGAAAGUGGACCUCGCCCUGCCAUACGUGGCGCUGCUGCGCGGCUCCUGAGUGUCUAGGCGCCUGUGCCUAUGGUCCCGAAGACGCAUUCCGUUGCCAGGGAGACAGAGGUUACCGGAAGCAAGGGCGAUCGCUCGACGGGUGCCGGAAUGACGCGGGCGGCGGCCGCCUGUGCUUCCGCAGUCCCGCGCGCGGCUUCCGCUGCCAGGCUCCAGGCUGCGCGGCUCACCGCUCGGCCGGCCACUCACUGCGCGCCAGCGUCCUGCGCAACCGCAGCGUCCUGCUGCAGUGGCGCCUGGCGCCGGCCGAGGCGCUCAGACUACGCGGCUUCGCGCUCAACUGCUCCUGGCGUGGCGCCUACACGCGCUUCCCGUGUGAGCGCGUGCUUCUCGGUGCCUCGUGCCGCGACUACCUGCUGCCCGACGUGCACGACGGCGUGCGCUACCGCCUGUGCCUGCAGCCGCUGCCGCUGCGCGCCGCACCCGGGGCGCCCCCCGCGCCCACCACGCCGUCGCCGCUCGCGCCCGCGGAGUGCGUGGAGUUCGCCGCCGAGCCGGCCGGCAUGCGGGAAAUCGUGGUAGCUAUGACGGCGGUGGGCGGCUCUAUCUGCGUCAUGCUCGUGGUCAUCUGCCUGCUGGUGGCCUACAUCACCGAGAACCUCAUGCACCCGGCCUUUGGACGCCCCGGACCGCGCAGGCAACCCUGA